ACAUGACUUGACGAUUGCCCCCAUCUCCUCUCCGCUGCUGCUCCUGCCCGUUGACCGAAGGCGGCGGCGGCAGUGGCGGCGACGACGUCACGGCGACGUCAACGUGGACGAUAGCGACGAGGAGUCAACGGCGCGGUGGAGGGUGCUGCCGGUGCUUAAAGCGAGUGACACGCGCCGCCGGCGAUUCAGUCGUUCGCAGGCGGUCGGUCCGCAGGUGCGAGGACGCGCGUGGGUGCGUGUGUUGUGUGAGUGAUCGCGUUUUCCCGGAUCGUCGUCCGCGCGUACGCGUGAGUAGUCCGUGAAAGGGAGCACCCGCGCGGAGCAGCGCCGAGGGAUCGGCCGAGAAGAAUCGCGGAACAAGAGCGGCGGACAAGAGGGUGAGAGAGAGAGGCUGUGGAUCCUUCUUCCUUUCCGUUUCGCUAAACGUGGUGCGUCGUGACAACCCGUGGUGUUCGUCGUGGUGGCGUGGUGCUGCCAUCGUGUCGCUGCUGCCCUGGCGAGCGGUGGAUAUAUGGUGUUGGUGGUGGAUAUAUUAUAUAUAUAUAGCAGUGGAUGAUAACGGUGGCCCGCGGGGGUGGCGAAACUGGAGCAGCCGGUGGCGAUCGUCGUCGUCGGCGCAGCGGAGGAGCUAUCAUGUGCACGUGGCGGAUUUUCGGACUCGCGGUCGUGGCCCUGCUGACUCUCGGCGGUAGAGCGCGCGCGUACACCAACCAGUGGGCGGCACACAUCGUUGGAGGCGACGAGGCGGCCAGGCGAGUUGCGGAGGACUAUGGAUUUCGCUAUUUGGGCAAGAUAAAUGAUGAUUGGUUCCACAUGGAGCAUCGAUCCGUGGCGAAGAGGUCGACGGAACCGCAUCUCGAUGUGCACCAAAGGCUAAUGAAUGACUCCAGAGUACGUCGAGCGGAGCAACAGCGGGCAAAAUCGCGUACCAAAAGGGAUCUUAUAAUCAAACGUCCGUCCAAUACACUGACCAAGCUAAACGAUGAGAGGUGGCCUCAGAUGUGGUAUCUGAACAGGGGAAAGGGAUUGGACAUGAACGUGCAGGGCGCUUGGGCUGAGGGAAUUACUGGAAAUGGCGUCGUGGUCACAAUACUUGACGAUGGAUUGGAGAAAGAUCAUCCUGAUCUUUACAAAAAUUAUGAUCCUCAGGCGAGUUACGACGUCAACAGUCACGAUGAAGAUCCCAUGCCGAGGUACGAUCUGGUAGAUAGCAAUCGACACGGCACCAGGUGCGCCGGAGAGGUCGCAGCCACUGCCAACAAUUCUCUUUGCGCCGUAGGUGUUGCUUUUGGAGCUGGCGUAGGUGGUGUCCGAAUGCUGGAUGGCGACGUGACAGAUGCCGUCGAAGCAAGAUCCUUGAGCCUUAAUCCCCAACACAUCGACAUUUAUAGCGCCUCAUGGGGACCGGAUGACGAUGGCAAGACAGUAGACGGUCCUGGUGAACUGGCCACUAGAGCUUUCAUCGAGGGAAUUACCAAAGGUCGCAACGGCAAAGGUUCGAUCUUCGUGUGGGCGUCCGGAAACGGCGGCCGGGACCACGAUAACUGCAAUUGUGACGGCUAUACCAAUAGUAUCUGGACACUGUCGAUCAGUAGUGCGACAGAGAACGGCCUUGUGCCCUGGUACAGCGAGGCGUGCUCGUCCACCCUCGCUACCACAUACAGCUCGGGCUCUACGGGCGAGAAGCAGGUCGUCACUACGGAUCUGCAUCAUCACUGUACCAGCAGCCACACUGGUACGUCCGCAUCGGCGCCGUUAGCUGCCGGCAUUUGCGCCCUCGCCCUGGAAGCGAACAGAGAUCUCACCUGGAGGGAUAUGCAACACAUCGUAGUCAGGACCGCCAAACCUGCGAACCUGCAGGCACCCGAUUGGGUGGUCAACGGCGUCGGUAGAAACGUGAGCCACAGCUUCGGUUACGGGCUGAUGGACGCCACUGCCAUGGUACGCUUAGCGAGAAAGUGGAGAACCGUCCCGGAGCAACACAGAUGCGAAGUAUCGGCGCCACAUACCGGCAGGACGAUACCGCCAAAGAGCCAAUUGGUCCUCGACUUACAUGUCAAGGAGUGCAGCGGUGUUAAUUUCCUCGAGCAUGUUCAGGCGAAGGUAUCGCUGAUGGCAGUGAGACGAGGGGAUCUUCAGAUACAGUUAACGUCUCCUCAAGGUACGAAGAGCACUCUUCUCGCUAAAAGGCCGCACGAUAUUUCGAAGGCCGGUUUCAGCCAAUGGCCAUUCAUGUCUGUGCACACGUGGGGAGAAAGGCCGCACGGUACCUGGAAAUUAGAAAUUCACAAUGAGGGUCGAUACCUCGGACGCGCCACUUUGCACGAGUGGGCGCUGAUUUUCUACGGCACCGCGACGCUGCCCGACCGGACCGAAUACGCCCUUUACAACCCGGCCGGCAUGAGUAUACCCAGACGACCGUUCGUCAAGCCGCGCGAGACCAUCCCGAAGAGCCAAAACACCCUGACGAAGGGCAAGCAGACGCAGCACAAGUCCGACAAGUCCGGCAGCCUGAGCCCGCCCUACGUGGUGAACGCCCAGAUUCAGUCCCAGAGGAAGGGCAAGGCUCGCGGUCAGCACAAGAACGGCAAGUCGGCUAAUCGGCCGAAUCCCAAGCCCACCGCUCAAACCCUUCGAGGUCUCACCGGAGUUAACAGAGGGCCUAGUAACGUGGCCGGUGACGUGCGUUUGAUCACGUCGAGGCCACGUGGUAGAAGCACGCCCAGCCCUGUUACCACCAGCACCAUGUCCCAGACCAUCGCGACGACGAAGACCACGGCGACGAGCAAACAGAUUAUUACACAGAAGAUUAUCGACGUGGUCACCGCCUCGUCCCUUCAGAGGGGGCUGAUCUUGUUGGAACCACCGGCAAAGGCGGCCACUAACAAGGUCCCAGCGGUAUUUCAGCAAUAUCCCAAGAUUCAACAGCUCUAUCCGGUAUACGGUGGAGCUCGCGGCGCCGGUCAACACGCCACGAGGGCUAAAGGACUCGACCUGCUGCAGGACGAGCAAUUUGACCCGAGGAACCUGCAACUGGACAAGGACACGCUGGAUGAGUGGAAGCUUGUGUUCUUUGGCACGGACACAUCCGUGGAGGUGGACGACGAGCUGGACAAGGACAAGCCAUUGCCGCCUGUGAUCCACGAGGAGGUGAACAACGCGCCUUCGGACGAACGGCACAACGCCGUGGACACCGAGGGCGAUCCGUGGACGGGUAGCCGGCAGAUGGACCGAGUUUCACACCCGGAAGUGCAGAGGCCAACGACGGAGAACCAGACGAGCGGUUGCGCCGCCUUCGAAGCCGGGGGCAGCGGGUGCCUAGUAUGCAAACCGGGUUGGUACCACAGCAAUAGCAGCUGCCUGCGACAAUGUCCACCUGGAACUUACGCGGUCCGAGACGACGAUGAGUCCGGUGCUUUCUGCACCGCAUGCCAUUAUUCGUGCCUAUCUUGCAAAGGACCUAGCGACGCGGACUGCAUUACCUGUCACGCGGAUUCGACGUUCGUGUGGAGCGACGGAAGGGCACUGUGUGUACUGAGUAGCAUCUCCUGGAAGAUGCAGCCCACAGUAUGGUUUCACAGGUUCGCUAUAGUGUUCUCGGUCAAUUUAGGCCUGGUGAUCGCUGUUAUCAUUUAUUUCGUCUUCACCUACAUCCGUAAACGCAAAUCCGUCCAUAAAUACAGUAAAGUAUCUUACUCCGGUAACGGUGAAGUUCAUGCGGAUACGAACUUGGAAAACACUUGUGUGUCCGAUAGUGAAUGAAUCUAUCAUUGACGAUGAAUAGUCUUAAAGAAGACGUUCGAGAGCAUUUAAAAAGUUCCAAUAGAAAGUAUUCCGUAACUUUCGAAAAUAUUUUGAUAUUCUAUGUUAAGAUUUUAGGUAUAAUAUUUUGAAGAUAUUUUGGAGAUAUUUUCACAGAAAAUGUAGCAGAAUAUGUAUGUUCUUCUUAUUUCCACAUGUUUCCACAAUAAGAUGCAAAACGAAACGAAACACAUAGUUCGAAAAUUCUAAUAAUGUUUGAAGAAAUUAUAUCGAGGAAUAUUUUUUAUUCAACGACUUUUGUUUUAGGAGUUUUAAUACAUUCUUAGCUAAACUCUCAAUAAAUAUUUAAAAAUAUUUUAAUAGCCAAUACAAAAAAUAUAUAUUUCCUGAGAAAAAAAUUCUGAGAUUGUUGGAAAAGGCAUCUAGUAGUUUUAUAAGAGACACAAGAUGAGAUCAUAUGUUUUAUAUUAUAUAUUAUAAAAUAUAAAAAAAUAUUUUACAGUAUAUAAUGUAUCACUGUGCAUAAAAGUAACAAAUAUAAUCGACUUUAUGUCUCACAAACGGGCCAAAAACCGAAACGCGGAGUUGAAAAAAAUAUUCAGAGAAACUUUUUCGUAGAGAAAUUGUAAAUACUUUUAUUUCCCAAUAAAAGUUUCUACAAUUUUAUUUGCCGUACGCGAAUUCAGCACCAUCCCAUCGUCAAGUUUAGGAGCUAUACUGCACUUUUGUAAGUGUAAGAAUGUUCCUUUGUAGAAGCGGUUUGUGAGAUGUAUAGAACGUAAAGCGUUAAUGGUGCCGAUAGUUUCCUUUGAGAUGAAGCAAUCGCUUCGUUGCGACGCCAGUAUUGUAGUAAUAGUUCGUGACGAUGGACCGUUUAUCGAUCGCCCGUGAAUUAACGCGUAAUGUCUCUUGAACAAUGAUUUUAUGUGACCGAAUGAAUCUUAAAUAUCUGUGCAAUCCGAACAUCUAUUAUGCAAUUAAGAGUGAGAGUGACAAGCGUUAGUUGGGACUGCGGUCUGACUAACACAUUCACGAAUAACUUUAUAGACAUUCACGGAUAUAUUAUCGAUAACUUACUUAUAUAUUAGGUCUGAAAUACCGUUUUAUAUGUAACACGUUUUAGACUAACGCGAGAAAGACUUUGAGAUCGAUUGAAUGCAUGCGUGUUAAAAAAAUAUACAUUAAAAUUAAACAUCAUACAACAUUCCUAGAUAUUUACAGAAACAAAGCGAUAUUUUAUUUAUUAUCUACCGAUUUGUACGUAAUCAAAGUUCUACUCAUCAGUAAGCAACGCAAUGCGAUCUAAUUAACGAAAUUACCACGUCGUAUUAUGUAUGCAUAGCCUGCAUCGUACAUUAGUCUAAAGUCGUGAGAGAUUGACCAGCUAUGUUAUAAUUAAAAGCCGAAACCAACGUAACAACAAUUUUAUUAUUUAGACGAAACUAACGGAAAGCAUAUUUUUGUACGAGCGGUUUACCUCAAUAAUGUGAUACGUCUAUUAGUGCGAAAUGUAGAUCAUAAAUUUCAUCGCCUACUGCAAUUAUCCAUAAUUGUUACCAAUAAUCAUUGAAUCAUGAUGUACAUUGUUCUUGUUAACGUUGUAAAUAUAAUAAAAUAAUGAAAAAUAAUAAC